AUGGAUCUAAAUACCAAAAUAGCUGAUGAACAUAUGAUCCCUAUAGAAAAUUUGGUCAAUCCUCGAGCUUUGGAUUAUCAUGCUGAAACCAAUUAUAUAUACUUUGCGGACACUACUAGUUUCUUGAUAGGACGUCAAAAAGUUGAUGGCUCUGGGCGUGAAACAAUCCUGAAGGAUGAUCUCGAUAAUGUAGAAGGCAUUGCAAUAGACUGGAUUGGAAAUAAUUUGUUUUGGACAAAUGAUGGUUACAGGAAAACAAUUAAUGUUGCCAGGCUAGAGAAAGCUUCUCAGAGUCGUAAAACUCUACUGGAAGGUGGCAUGUCUCACCCUCGAGGAAUCGUGGUGGAUCCUGUUAACGGCUGGAUGUAUUGGACAGAUUGGGAAGAAGAUGAAAUAGAUGAUAGUAUGGGAAGAAUUGAGAAAGCAUGGAUGGAUGGUAACAACCGUCAAAUAUUUGUGACAUUAAAGAUGUUGUGGCCAAAUGGAUUAACUCUGGAUUAUCAAAAUAAUAUAUUAUACUGGUGUGAUGCCUAUUAUGAUCAUAUUGAAAGAAUAUAUCUGAAUGGAAGUGACCGUAAGGUGAUCUACAGUGGAAAAGAAUUGAAUCAUCCAUUUGGUCUAUCACAUCAUAGAAAUUAUAUUUUCUGGACAGAUUAUAUGAAUGGGUCUAUUUUCCAACUGGAUUUGAUAUCUAGAAAUGUGACACUUCUGAAAAGUGAGAGAUCCCCUCUCUUUGGGUUGCAGAUUUAUGAUCCCCAGAAGCAACAAGUUGGUGACAACGCAUGCCGUAUUAAUAAUGGAGGCUGUGGUACCCUGUGUUUAGCGAUACCUGGAGGCAGAAUGUGUACUUGUGCCGAUAAUCAUUAUUUGGAGGAAAACAGUACAACCUGCAAGUUUAAUUCUGAAGAAGUAUUACCUAAGUUAUGCAAAGUGGGUGAAUUUCAAUGCAGGAACAAACACUGCAUCCAAGAUAGCUGGCAAUGUGAUGGUGAUGAUGAUUGCCUGGAUGGCUCUGAUGAACAUUCAGACAUUUGUUUUAAUCAUAGUUGUCCUGACAAUCAAUUUAAAUGCCAUAAUAACAGAUGCAUCCCUAAGAGAUGGCUUUGUGAUGGAGCAAAUGAUUGUGGUAAUAAUGAAGAUGAAUCAAAUGAGACUUGUGCAGCAAGAGUAUGUCAAGUAGAUCAGUUUUCCUGUGGGAAUGGACGCUGCAUUCCACGUUCAUGGUUGUGUGAUCAAGAGGAUGAUUGUGGUGACCAGUCAGAUGAAACAGCAACUUGUGAAUUCCCAACCUGUGAUCCACUGAUUCAUUUUAUAUGUAAUAAUGGAAGAUGUAUUAGUAGCAAGUGGCAUUGUGAUACAGAUAAUGACUGUGGUGAUGGGACUGAUGAACUGGACUGUCUUCAUUCAUGUUUUGACAACCAGUUCAGGUGCUCUACUGGCCGAUGCAUUCCAAGUCACUGGACUUGUGAUGGAGACAAUGACUGUGGAGACUUCAGUGAUGAAACUAAACCAAAUUGCACCAAAGAAGAGAUAGCUUCUCUUGGGAGAUGCAGUGGGAAAGCAUUUCAAUGUUACCCAGAUGGAAACUGCAUUCCUGAGCUUUGGCGCUGUGAUGGAGAAAAGGACUGUGAAGAUGGUAGUGAUGAAAAGACUUGUAAUGGAACUAUACGACCAUGUGAUGCCAAAACAAAGUUUUCCUGCAAGGCUACAGGGAGAUGUAUUAGCAAAUCUUGGCUGUGUGAUGGAGACAUUGAUUGUGAGGAUCAGUCUGAUGAAGAUAAUUGUGAAGGCUAUAUGUGUGGGCCACCAAAAUAUCCAUGUGCUAAUGACACUUCCAUCUGUCUACAGCCUGAAAAGCUUUGCAAUGGAAUAAGAGAUUGCCCUGAUGGAUCUGAUGAAGAUGAUCUUUGUGAAGAAUGUUCACUUAACAACGGUGGAUGCAGCCACCGAUGUUCAGUAGUUCCUGGAGGUAGAAUUGUCUGUUCAUGCCCCCCAGGAUUGUACUUAAAUUCAGACAAUAAGACCUGUGACUAUGUAGAUUAUUGCACCAAACAUCAGAAAUGCAGCCAAGUAUGUGAACAGCAUAAAAAUGUUGUUAAGUGCUCCUGUUAUGAAGGUUGGGAACUUGGUAAAGAUGGUGAAAGCUGUGCUAAUAUUGAUCCUUUUGAAGCAUUCAUCAUUUUUUCUAUUCGGCAUGAGAUCAGAAAGAUUGAUCUGCAGAAACGAGACUACAGUCUAUUAGUUCCUGGUUUAAGAAAUACAAUAGCACUUGAUUUUCACUUCAAUCAAAGCUUACUAUACUGGACAGAUGUAGUAGAAGAUAAAAUUUACAGAGGCAAGCUUUCUGAAACUGGAGGUGUAAGCUCAGUUGAAAUUGUGGUCCAACACGGUUUAGCUACUCCAGAAGGUCUUACUGUAGACUGGAUUGCUGAAAAUAUAUAUUGGAUAGACAGCAAUCUGGAUCAAAUUGAAGUAGCUAAAUUAGAUGGUACACUGAGGACAACCCUAAUCGCAGGUGCAAUGGAACAUCCUAGAGCCAUUGCUUUGGAUCCCAGAUAUGGAAUUCUGUUCUGGACAGACUGGGAUGCUAAUUUUCCUCGCAUUGAAUCUGCUUCCAUGAGUGGAGCAGGAAGAAAGAUCAUAUAUAAAGACAUGGAUAGUGGAGCAUGGCCUAAUGGUCUUACAGUUGAUCAUUUUGAAAAACGGAUAGUUUGGACAGAUGCUAGGUCAGAUGCUAUUUAUUCAGCACUGUAUGAUGGGACUAGCAUGAUUGAAAUUAUACGAGGUCAUGAAUAUCUUUCUCACCCUUUUGCUGUCUCCCUUUUUGGGAGUGAGGUAUAUUGGACAGACUGGAGAACAAACACAUUAUCUAAAGCAAAUAAAUGGACAGGCCAAAAUGUUAGUGUGAUACAAAAAACUAGUGCACAGCCUUUUGAUCUUCAAAUUUAUCAUCCAAGCCGUCAACCCCAAGCUUCUAAUCCUUGUGCUGCUAACAGUGGCAGAGGUCCUUGCUCCCAUAUGUGCCUGAUAAAUCAUAACAGGAGUGCUGCUUGUGCAUGUCCUCAUCUAAUGAAACUGGCUGAAGAUAAAAAGGCAUGUUAUGAAAUGAAAAAGUUCCUUCUUUAUGCAAGGCAUUCAGAAAUAAGAGGUGUUGACAUAGAGAAUCCAUACUUCAAUUAUAUAACAGCAUUUACAGUUCCUGAUAUUGAUGAUGUAACUGUUGUAGAUUUUGAUGCAGUGGAAGAACGUUUAUACUGGACUGAUGUGAAAACACAAACUAUAAAACGGGCCUUUAUUAAUGGGACUGGCUUGGAAACUGUCAUAUCAAGAGAUAUUCAAAGCAUUCGUGGACUGGCUGUGGAUUGGUUAUCACGUAAUUUAUACUGGAUUAGCUCAGAAUUUGAUGAAACACAAAUUAAUGUAGCCCAUUUAGAUGGCUCUUUAAAAACUUCAAUUAUACAUGGAAUUGAUAAACCACAAUCUCUUGCAGUUUAUCCAGCUAAAGGGAAACUUUAUUGGAUUGAUGGGAACACAAUUAACAUGGCAAAUAUGGAUGGUAGCAACAAUAAAAUACUACAACAGAAUCAAAAAGACCCAGUUGGUCUGUGCAUAGAUUAUUCAGAGAAUAAACUUUACUGGAUCAGUUCAGGCAAUGGAACUAUAAACAGAUGCAACUUGGAUGGUGACAAUUUUGAAGUAAUAGAUUCAAUGAAAGAAGAGCUAACCAAAGCUACAGCCUUAACUAUAAUGGAUAAAAAGUUAUGGUGGGCAGACCAUAACUUAGGCCAACUGGGUACCUGCAAUAAAAAAGAUGGAAGGAAUCCUACAGUUUUGCGAAACAAAACUUCAGGAGUUGUACAUAUGAAAGUGUAUGACAAAGCAGGACAGAAAGGUAGCAAUUCUUGUCAGAUCAAUAAUGGAGGAUGUUCCCAACUUUGCUUACCAACUUCAGAAUCCACUCGAACAUGCUUAUGCACUGUAGGUUAUAAUCUUCAGAAAAACCGCAUGACAUGUCAAGGUAUAGAGUCAUUUCUCUUAUAUUCUAUUCAUGAAGGAAUCAGGGGAAUCCCUCUUGAUCCAAAUGACAAAACAGAUGCAUUAAUGCCUAUAACAGGAACAUCUUUUGCUGUUGGUAUAGACUUUCAUGCAGGAAAUGAUACAAUCUACUGGACUGACAUGGGAUUCAAUAAAAUAAGCAGAGCUAGCAGAGAUCAGACAUGGAAGGAAGAUAUCAUUACAAAUGGCUUGGGAAGAGUGGAAGGCAUUGCAGUGGAUUGGAUAGCGGGUAAUAUAUAUUGGACAGAUCAUGGCUUCAAUUUUAUUGAAGUUUCUAGGCUUAAUGGCUCUUUUCGCUAUGUUGUCAUAUCUCAGGGUCUGGAUCAGCCAAGGUCUAUAGCAGUGCACCCCGAAAAAGGUUAUUUAUUCUGGACAGAAUGGGGACAGGCACCAUGUAUAGGCAAGGCUCAUUUAGAUGGAUCAGAGAAGACUGUUCUUGUUGGUACUGGUGCCAUGUGGCCUAAUGGAGUUUCUGUUGAUCUUGAGGAAAAUAAAUUAUAUUGGUGUGAUGCUCGAAUGGACAAGAUAGAAAGAAUUGACCUUGAGAAUGGAAGAAAUCGGGAGAUCGUACUGUCAGGAAGUAAUGUGGAUAUGUUUUCAAUCACAGUCUUUGGGGCUUACAUCUACUGGUCUGACAGAGCUCAUGCAAAUGGAUCUAUCAGACGAAGCAAAAAAAACGAUGCCACAGAGACAGUAUCCAUGAGGACAGGCCUAGGCAUAAACUUGAAGGAAGUAAAGGUUUUCAACAGAGGUCGUGAAAAAGGAACCAACAUUUGUGCCAAAAACAAUGGUGGGUGUCAGCAACUUUGUCUCUAUCGGGGAAAUGCACAGAGAACCUGUGCUUGUGCACAUGGUUAUCUAGCAGAGGAUGGUGUGACAUGCUUAAGACAUGAUGGUUACUUGCUUUAUUCAGGAAGAACAAUACUAAAAACUAUACAUCUUUCAGAUGAGACGAACUUAAAUUCACCAGUGCAACCUUAUGAAAAUCCAGAAUAUUUCAAAAAUGUAAUAGCAUUGACUUUUGACUAUAGACAGAAAGGAAGAGGAAUUAAUCGAAUCUUCUUUAGUGAUGCACAUUUUGGAAACAUACAACUUAUUAAAGAUGAUUGGACUGGUAGAAAAGUUAUACUUGAAAAUGUUGGAUCUGUGGAGGGUCUAGCAUAUCAUAGGGCUUGGGAUACUUUGUACUGGACCAGCUCUACUACAUCUUCUAUUACAAGGCACACAGUUGAUCAGAAACGAAGAGGUGCUUUCAACAGAGAAGCAGUAAUAACGAUGUCUGAGGAUGAUCACCCACAUGUAUUAGCCCUUGAUGAAUGCCAAAAUUUAAUGUUUUGGACUAAUUGGAAUGAGCAGCACCCAAGCAUCAUGAGAGCUACAUUGAAUGGCAAAAAUGCACAAGUUGUAAUCAGCAAUGACAUCUUAACACCAAAUGGACUUGCAAUUGAUCACAGGGCUGAGAAACUGUAUUUUUCUGAUGGUAGUUUGGGAAAAAUAGAAAGGUGUGAAUAUGAUGGAUCACACAGAAAUGUGAUAGUCAAAUCUGGACCUGGCACUUUUCUCAGUCUAGCUGUAUACGAUGCUUGGAUCUUCUGGACAGACUGGGUGAGAAGAGCUAUACUGCGAUCCAAUAAAUAUACAGGUGGAGAUACAAAAAUUCUUAGAUCUGAUAUCCCACAUCAACCUAUGGGCAUCAUAGCUGUUGCUAAUGACACUAACAGCUGUGAAUUAUCCCCUUGUGCCCAAAUGAAUGGAGGCUGUCAUGACUUGUGUCUCCUGACACCUGAUGGGCAUGUUAAUUGUUCAUGUAGGGGUGACCGCAUACUUACAGAUGAUAAGAGAUGUGUGUCUAAAAACACGUCAUGCAAUUUCUACUUUGAAUUUGAAUGUGGAAAUGGUGAGUGCAUUGAUUACCAACUUUCCUGUGAUGGCAUAGCUCAUUGUAAGGACAAGUCUGAUGAGAAAUUAUUGUAUUGUGAAAAUAGAAGCUGUCAGAAAGGAUUUAAGCCUUGCUCAAAUCGGCGCUGUAUAUCUAGUAAUCAAAUUUGUGAUGGCAAAAAUGAUUGCGGUGACAAUUCUGAUGAAACAGGUUGUGAAGUUUCUGGAUGUUCUUCAAUGGAAUUCCGCUGUUUAGAUGGAUCUUGCAUUCCAAAAUCAGCUCAAUGCAAUCAGAUUGUGGAUUGUUUAGAUGCUUUGGAUGAGAAAAACUGCAAUAACACAGAUUGCAAUAAUUUCUAUAAACUUGGAGUGAAAUCUUCAGGAUUUAUUAGCUGUAACUUUACUUCACUUUGUAUACUACCAGAAUGGCUGUGUGAUGGAUCUAAUGAUUGUGGAGAUUAUUCAGAUGAAUUAAAAUGCCCAGUUCGAAAUAAGCAUACAUGUGAAGAAAAUUAUUUUGGCUGUCCUAGUGGUAAAUGUAUUCUGAUUUCCUGGGUAUGCGACGGUCAGAAAGAUUGUGAAGAUGGAAGUGAUGAAUUACUCUGUGAUUCCUCCUGUUCAUGGAAUCAGUUUGCUUGUUCUGAACAAAAAUGCAUCUCCAAACAAUGGACUUGUGAUGGGGAAGAUGAUUGUGGAAAUGGUUUGGAUGAAAGUAAAGCUAUUUGUGGCUCAGUAACUUGUGCUCCAGACAUGUUCAGCUGUUUGGAUUCAUAUGCCUGUGUUCCUCAACACUGGCUUUGUGAUGGUGAAAGAGAUUGUCCUAAUGGAAGUGAUGAACUUGCUACAGCAGGAUGUGCGCCCAGUAAUACUUGUGAUGAAAAUACUUUCACAUGCCACAAUAAAGUCUGCAUUUCUAAACUGUUUGUAUGCGACCAUGAUGAUGACUGUGGGGAUGGAUCAGAUGAAUCUCUAGAAUGUGGCUAUCGCCAUUGUAAUCCUGGAGAAUUCAGCUGUGCUGAUGGAAGAUGUCUCUUAAAUUCUCAGUGGCAAUGUGAUGGAGAUUUUGAUUGUCCAGAUCAUUCAGAUGAGGAUCCUAUUAAUAUAAAAUGCAGAAGUGCAGAACAGUCAUGCAACAAUUCAUUUUUUAUGUGUAAAAAUGGCAAGUGCAUCCCCCAAGAAGAUGUUUGUGAUGCCAAACAAGAUUGUGGUGAUGGAUCUGAUGAAAGAAAUUGCCAUAUAAAUGAAUGUUUGAGUAAGAAAGUUAGUGGCUGUUCUCAAGACUGUCAAGAUCUUCCUGUUGGAUACAAGUGUAAAUGUUGGCCUGGUUUCCAAAUGAAGGAGGAUGGCAAAACAUGUGUAGAUAUUGAUGAAUGUUCAUCUGGCUUUCCGUGCAGUCAGCAAUGCAUCAAUACAUAUGGGUCUUACAAAUGCUUGUGUAUGGAUGGUUAUCAAAUGCAACCUAAUCCUAAGCAAGGAUGCAAAUCCCUUUCGGAUGAAGAGCCAUUCUUAAUUCUGGCUGAUCAUCACGAAAUACGAAAAAUUAGUACUGAUGGAUCCAACUAUACUUCAAUGAAACAGGGCCUGAAUAAUGUGAUUGCAGUAGACUUUGAUUACAAAGAAGAGUUCAUCUAUUGGAUUGAUUCCAGCAGACCAAAUGGAAGUAGGAUUAACAGAAUGAAUCUGAAUGGGAAUAAUGUCAAGGUAGUUCAUAACACAGCUGUUCCUAAUGCAUUAGCAGUUGACUGGGUUGGAAAGAAUCUCUAUUGGUCUGACACGGAAAAAAGGAUGAUUGAAGUAUCCAAAAUCAAUGGCUUGUAUCCCACUGUUCUUGUGAGCAAAAGGGUGAAGUUCCCUAGAGAUCUCUCUUUAGAUCCUCAAAUUGGUUAUUUGUAUUGGAUUGAUUGCUGUGAAUAUCCUCAUAUUGGACGAGUUGGCAUGGAUGGCUCUAAUCAGACAAUUGUGAUAGAAACAGAGAUAUCUAGACCCAUGGCUCUUACAAUAGACUAUGUCAAUAGAAGAUUAUACUGGGCUGAUGAAAAUCAUAUUGAAUUUGCUAAUAUGGAUGGCACCCGCAGAAGUAAAGUCCCUAAUCAACAUGUUCUAGGGGUGAUUGCUCUAACAUUAUUUGAAGACUAUAUAUACUGGACAGAUGGAAAAACAAAGACUGUCAACCGUGCCCACAAAAUCUCUGGAGCAGAUAAAGUAGCCCUGAUUAACUCAUGGCAUGCCAUAACUGAUAUUCAAGUGUAUCAUUCAUUUAGGCAGCCUAAUGUGGCUAAACAUACAUGUACAUUAAACAAUGGUGGCUGUAGUCAUCUGUGCCUUGUUGCCCCAAACAAAACUCACACUUGUGCCUGUCCUACCAAUUUUUACCUCGCAGCAGAUAAUAAGACCUGCUUAUCAAAUUGCACAGCCAGUCAAUUCCGCUGCAAGACUGACAAAUGUAUUCCAUUUUGGUGGAAAUGUGACACUGUUGAUGAUUGCGGAGAUGGAUCAGAUGAACCUGAAGAAUGUCCUGAAUUUAAAUGUCAACCAGGGCGUUUUCAGUGUGGAACUGGUCUCUGUGUUUUACCAGCUUUUAUAUGUGAUGGGGAAAAUGAUUGUGGAGAUAGCUCAGAUGAACUUAAUUGUGAUACAUAUGUUUGCCUACCAGGUCAAUUUAAGUGCACCAAGAAUCAGAAAUGUAUCCCAAUAAAUCUCAGGUGUAAUGGACAAGAUAAUUGUGGUGAUGAAGAAGAUGAAAGAGAUUGCCCGGAAAACAGCUGUUCUCCUGAUCAUUUUCAGUGUAAAACCACAAAGCAUUGUAUUUCUAAACUGUGGGUGUGUGAUGAGGAUCCAGACUGUGCUGAUGGGUCUGAUGAAGCAAAUUGUGAUAAAAAGACAUGUGGCCCUCAUGAAUAUCAAUGCAAGAAUAGCAACUGCAUUCCAGAUCACUGGCGAUGUGACAGUCAAAAUGAUUGUGGUGACAAUUCUGAUGAAGAAAACUGCAAACCACAAACAUGCACUCUGAAGGAUUUCCACUGCUCAAAUGGAGACUGCAUGUCUGCAAGAUUCUGGUGCGAUGGUGAUUAUGACUGUGCAGAUGGUUCAGAUGAGAGAUAUUGCGACUCUGACUGCUUAAAAGACCAGUUUCAGUGCUCCAAUGGUCAUUGCAUAGCAGCAAAAUGGAAAUGUGAUGGAUAUGAUGAUUGCAUACUGGGAGAGGAUGAGAAGAAUUGUGAUUCAGCAUCUCCAAUCUGCUCUUCAAGUGAAUAUGUUUGUGCCAAUGGAGGUUGUAUCUCAGCAUCUUUUAGAUGCAAUGGAGAACAUGAUUGUCCUGAUGGUUCUGAUGAAAUGCACUGUGUAACAGAAUGUAAAGAAGACCAAUUUCAAUGUAAAAAUAAAGCGUACUGUAUACCUACCAGCUGGCUUUGUGAUGGAAUUCAAGAUUGUGUGGAUAGCAGUGAUGAACUAAAUUGUGACAGAGGGAGGAACAUAUGUAGAGCUGAUGAAUUCCUUUGCAACAACUCACUCUGUAAACUCUAUUUUUGGGUUUGUGAUGGAGAAGAUGAUUGUGGAGAUAACUCAGAUGAAUUUCCAGAAAUAUGUUUAAAUUUUCCAUGCCCUCCAACCAGGCCAUACCGAUGCAGAAAUAAUCAUGUUUGUUUGAGACAUGAGCAAAUAUGUAAUGGGAUUGAUGACUGUGGUGAUGAUUCAGAUGAAGAUCACUGUGACAAAACUACGUAUAAAGCCAGACCUUGUAAAAAGGAUGAGUUUGCUUGUAAUAAUAAGAAGUGCAUACCUAUGCCACUAGAAUGUGAUCAGUUUGAUGACUGUGGAGAUGGUUCAGAUGAACAAGGCUGUAAAACAAGUUUGACUGAAUACAACUGUGAUAAUAAUGUGAAUCCUUGUGGUGAUGAUGCAUAUUGCAAUAAAACCAAAACAUCGAUUUUCUGCCAAUGUAAGCCUGGAUUUCAGAGGAAUAGGAGAAACUGGCAAUGUGAAGAUAUCAAUGAAUGUCUAAUAUUUGGCAUCUGCUCCCAGCUCUGUAUCAAUGUAAAAGGGUCAUAUAAAUGUACUUGUGAAAAGAACUAUAAAGAGAAAAACAGUAGCUGCAUUGCAAAAGGCUCUGAAGAUCAAGUUCUCUACAUUGCUAAUGACACUGAUAUCCUGGGUUUUGUAUAUCCAUUCAACUACAGUGAUGUUCAUCAACAGAUUACACACAUUGAACAUAACUCAAGAAUAACUGGAAUAGAUCUAUAUUAUCAAGGGGAAAUUAUUAUUUGGAGUACUCAAUUUAAUCCAGGAGGCAUUUUCUAUAAAAAGGUCAAUGGGGGAGAAAGAAGACAAAGCAAUAGCGGUGUGAUAUGUCCUGAAUUCAAACGCCCUAGAGACAUUGCAGUUGACUGGAUAGCUGGAAACAUUUACUGGACUGAUCAUUCCAGAAUGCAUUGGUUUAGUUAUUAUACAACUCAUUGGACAAGUUUAAGAUACUCCAUCAAUGUGGGACAAAUAAAUGGACCAAACUGCACAAGACUCCUUACAAAUAUGGCAGGAGAACCAUAUGCAAUUGCCGUAAAUCCGCUGAAAGGCAUGAUGUAUUGGACUGUAAUUGGAGAUCGUUCUCAUAUAGAAGAAGCAGCGAUGGAUGGUACUUUGAGGAGGAUAAUAGUACAAAAAAAUUUACAAAGACCAACAGGUCUAGUGGUUGAUAACUUCAGUCAACGCUUGUUCUGGGCUGAUUUUGAAUUAUCAGUAAUUGGCAGUAUUCGUUUUGAUGGCUCUGAUUCAGUUAUAUGUGUUAGCAGCAAACAAGGCUUACUACAUCCUCAUAGAAUUGAUAUUUUUGAGAACUAUAUAUAUGGAGCUGGACCUAAAAAUGGUGCAUUUAGAGUGCAAAAAUUUGGCCAUGGUGCCGUAGAAUAUUUGAAUUUGGAGACUGAUAAAACAAAAAGUGCCUUGAUUUCACAUCGCUACAAGCAAAUACAUUCACUCAAUCCUUGUCUGCAGUUAACCUGUGAGUUCCUGUGUUUACUCAAUCCUUCAGGUGCAGCUUGCAUAUGUCCAGAAGGAAAGGCAAUGUUUAAUGGAAAAUGCAGUGAUUUGAACAUGUUAGAUGAGACUUGUAAACUGGCUUGUGAAAAUGGAGGUAGAUGUGUUAUAAAUGAAAAAGGUGAUCAAAGAUGUUAUUGUUGGCCAAGUUAUUCAGGGGACAGAUGUGAAAUUAACCAUUGUAACAAUUAUUGUCAGAAUGGAGGAACAUGCCUAGCUUCAGUUCUUGGAAGACCUGCAUGCAUUUGUACACUGGGGUUUACAGGUCCAAAUUGCAAUAAAACAGUCUGCGAUCAUUUUUGUCAGAAUGGAGGAACUUGCAGUAUCACUGCUGGAAAUCAGCCCCACUGUCGAUGCCAACCGGAACAUACAGGGGACAGAUGUCAAGAUUAUAUUUGCCACCAUUAUUGUGUUACUUCUGAAUCUUGCAUCAUUGCUGAUGAUGGCAGUGUAGAAUGUUUCUGUCCUCUACAAUAUGAAGGUGCAAAAUGUGAAAUAGACAAAUGUGAAAAAUGUCAUGGAGGUCAAUGCAUCAUAGACAAGAAAAAUGAUGACAUAAUGUGCAACUGCACAAAUGGAAAAAUUGCAUCCAGCUGCCAAUUAUGUGAUGGCUAUUGCUACAAUGGUGCAACCUGCCAGUUGGAUAUAGAGACAAAUAUACCUGUCUGUCUAUGCCCUACAAACUGGUCAGGUAUACAGUGUGAAAGGCCAGCUCCUAAGAGCAGCAAGUCUGAUAAUAUCAGUACAAGAAGCAUUGCAAUCAUUGUUCCUCUGGUCCUGUUGGUGACAUUGAUUACUACUUUGGUAAUAGGUUUGCUCCUCUGUAAAAGAAAACGAAGGACAAAAACCAUCCGACGACAACCAAUAAUAAAUGGAGGAAUCAAUGUAGAAAUUGGAAACCCAUCGUACAACAUGUAUGAAGUGGGGCAUAAUCACAAUGAGAGGAAUCUUUCAGAGUUCACAUUAAAUCGAGAAAAGGGCAGAUACAUAGGAGGAGGUCCCACAGUUUUCAAGCUCCCUCACACGGCACCACCCAUCUACCUAAGCUCUGAUCUGAAAGGACCUCUAACAGCAGGGCCAACAAACUAUUCAAAUCCUGUAUAUGCAAAGUUAUACAUGGAUGGGCAGAAUUGCCGAAACUCCUUAGCAAGCAUGGAUGAAAGAAAAGAACUUCUUCCAAAGAAAAUAGAUAUUGGCAUAAGGGAGACUGUGGCAUAA